AUGUCAGAUGGGCAAAAAAAAAGUGACACUUGUGAAAGUGAUCAAAUCAUAGAAACCAAAGGUUCAAAAGAUAUUAAAAAUCGAAAUAAUAAUAAUAAUGACGAAGAAAUACUACUACCUUUUAGAUAUUAUCUUGAAAAGAUGAAAAAUAUUAAAACCAUUCAUUUAGUUAUUAUACCUGAUGAUAAAAAAUCAUUAUACUAUUAUGAUGUAAAAAUGACAUCAGUUCAACAAUAUUUAAUAACAAUAUUCGAUGUCACCUCAACAUCAACAUCAACUUCAAAUAUUAAAAAAUCAUAUGAAUUAAAAAUAUCAUUACCACUUCACUGUAAAAUUGAGCCUAAAUCAACAACAAUUUUUAAACAACCAACAAAAUUAAAUAAUUCAAUUGAAAUUAAAUCAAAAUUAUUAAUUGAUGAAACUAAUUAUGAUCAACAUUUAUUUGAAGAUAAUGUUUUAGAUGAUCAUCAUUCAUCAUCAAUAGAUUCAAUUAAUUCAAUUACAAAUUUAUUUAAAAAUAAUGAUAAUAAUGAUAAUGAAAAAGUUAAUUUAUAUUGUAGAUAUUGUUUAAAUUCAUUCAUAAAAUCAAAUGAUAAUGAUAAUAGUGAUAUUAAUUGGAAAAUUAAAUUAUUACCAUCAUCAAAUUGGGUUGAUUUAAUGGAUAUUUGGCUUUGUGGUUGUACUGGUACAACAAGUUUCACUGAUUUUCCAACUGGUGAAAUUAAUGCAAUUAAAGAUUAUUGUUUCAUUGGUGAUAGAUUCUUAUUAUUUCAUAAAGAUAAUACUAAAGAUAUUAUUGAAGAUACUACUACUACUACCACUACCACAGAGAAAAAAGAUGAAUUUGUCAAUGUUUUUAAAGAAUCAAAUUCACAAUGGGUGCCUUUAAAAUGUAAAUUUUGUAGUUCUUUUAUUGGUUCAAAAGAUAAUAAUAAUAAUAAUAAUUUUAGAUUUUAUAAACAUCAAAUCUCAAGUUCAAUAUUUCCCCCAUUACCACUUUCAUAUGAUAAUAAUAAUUAUAGCAAUUAUAAUAAUAAUAAUAAUAAUAAUAAUUUAUUUAAACAAUACAUUUUAGAAACAUUUAUAGCAAGUCAAAUUUUAACAGAAUCUCAAUCUUCUGUUACUUUUAAAUUUUUAUUAGUUUCUUCAAAUAAAAUAUAUGCAAUGAUUUCAUUAUUAAAUUGGGAAACAUUAUUUUUAACAAAUUAUUAUAUAAAAAAUGGAAAUAAAAAGCAAGAAUUCAUACCAGUUAUAAAAAUUUUAUUUAAAAGUACAAUAAUGAAUGAAAAUAAUGAAAAUAAUGAAACUGAUAAAAAAGAAAUAGAGAAAUUAAUCAAUAAAUGGGAAUUUGAUUUUGAAGCUAAAAAAAUUUAUUUACCAAAUGAAGAAUGUUUUCAAUUAUUAGAAAUUAUGAAUUAUAGUAAUAAUUUAUUCACAGAUGAUAGUAAAACCUUAAAAAAUCAUAAUAAUUUUAAUUUAGGUAUAUUAAGAUUAAGAUUACUAGAUUAG